AAUAAAAUAUAUAUAUAAAAUAAAGUUAUUUUAAAAUAAAACAUCUACUUUUAAGGACUGUUAAUGUUAAAUCUUGUGUCAAAGUGUUAAAUAAACCGUACAAAUCACUUAACAAAAAACAAAAAAAUCGGUAAUUGUCACCGAGUCUAAAAUAGUCAAGGGAGUCCUCCUACUCCUAUUGUUUGUGCAUCACGUGAAGUGAAGUGUUGCAUGAAUUCUGUGCAAAGAAUUUAAUACUCUCUACGAUCUGUGCUCUCUAGUCUUUACGAGGUUCUGAGGCAAAGAGUAGAGUAAGUAUAGAGGCUAUACAAAGAGUAUCACUACUGGUGGCAAACACGCAAAUUUUAUUUAUAUUAACUUCCCUUACGUGCCCUCCGAGUCGUUUAUGAGGUGUAGUAGAGUAGAAAUAGUCUCUGCGCUAAGCCGCGGAUGGAUGGACGGACAUAGAGAAACUUUACGAGUUCCUUGCGGAUUACGGAACCCUAAAAGCAAAAAAGGCUACCAUCUGUCAUGUACUCAACAUUAUGUCAACUGUCGAUUCAAUUGUCAAAUGCAUUUACACUUUACUAAAAAAUAAUUAUUCUGUGAUAAUUAUUUUUCAAAAAUUAGUUUAAUUUAAAAUAAAACAUCUACUUUUAUGGACUGUUAAUGUUAAAUAAACCGUACAAAUCACAUAACAAAAAACAAAAAGUCGAAAAUUGUCACCGAGUCUAAAAAAGUCAAAGGAGUCCGAUUGUUGACUUGAUGCACUUCCUGAAGUGAAGUGUUGCAUGAAUUCUGUGCAAAGAAUAUAUUAUUAUUAUUAGUAUUACUCUCUACGAGAUUCUCAGGCUAUACAAAGAGUUUCACUACUGGUGACAAAUUUAUUAAUAUUAACUGCCCAUAUGUGCCCUCCGACUUCCGAGUCGUUUAUGAGGUGUAGUAGAGCUGACUACAGUAAGCACUAAAAGCAGAGCAGUACCUAUCAGUUGAGGACUAUUGUAUUCGUGACGACACAUCAAUAAUGCGGUGCUGCGUGCCUUUCUGCGAAAAUACUUCCGACAAUAUGUCAACAUCUGAGAGAACGGGAAUUACCUUUCAUGCAUUACCCAGUGAAGGCAAUCUCCGUACUGCUUGGCUCAGAGCCCUCGGCACACAAGACCAUCACCUGCCCGACCCUGCUGUGGUCUGCUCCCAGCACUUCCUAGAUGAUGACUUUUAUACAACAGAGAGUUGUGUGCGGCAGAUUCACUCUAAUGCUGUUCCUUCAAUAGUGCAGAUGUGCAUGAUAUGCCUGGACUCUGACAGCAAGCUGUCUCUAAUGAGUAAACACAAGUUGGAGGAGGCAUAUGAACAGCUGACUGGACUGUCUUUGUUUCAGUUGUGUCGUCGAGGAAACCUGAAGCAAACGCUCUGUGUGAUGUGUGCUCAGAGACUGAUCAACUUCAGCAGAUUUAGAGACUUGAGCUUGAGAGCCCAUUCACUGCUGACAGACUCAGUUGAACAACAUGCAUCAAAUACUAUACAACACAAAGAAUUGAUGAACUGCACAAGUGCACAUCUGAAGUGUAAUUUGACACAAACAACAUUAGGAGCUAACCAUUGUGACUUGUACAUAGAUCACACUGAUGGAGAGGAAUCUGUAGUGGGAGAUGUUGCAACAGUUGUGGUGAAGAAUGAAAACAGUUCUGACUCCAUGUCGAGUGCUGAUAACUUGGAAUUGGCACAAGAAGAUGACAAUCACAUAGACAAUUCCAACAAUGAGUGUGCAUCUGAUGAUGAACACUCUGACAUGAGCAUAGAGUUGGAGUCUAGGCUACUGGAUGAAGCUAUAAGUCAAGCUCUUCGUAGGAAAGCAGACCAUUUGGCCGCAACACAGAGUUCCAUAAAGAGUGAAAGUGAUAUCUUCCAAUGUGAAUUUUGUUUUGAGGACUUUGUGCAAGAACUCUCAUAUAAGAAACAUAUGAGCACGCAUCUCCAGAGUGCUGCCAGCGAAACUGCAUGUGCUGCAUCACAAGUGUGCGAGCCUCGUGCAGCUGUGAGCCGCAGCUGUGACUCACUCGUGCUGCAGAACAAUUCAGUAUACAACGACACUGCAUGUGCUGCAUCACAAGUGUGCGAGCCUCGUGCAGCUGUGAGCCGCAGCUGUGACUCACUCGUGCUGCAGAACAAGUCAGUAUACAACGACACUGCAUGUGCUGCAUCACAAGUGUGCGAGCCUCGUGCAGCUGUGAGCCGCAGCUGUGACUCACUCGUGCUGCAGAACAAGUCAGUAUACAACGACACUGCAUGUGCUGCAUCACAAGUGUGCGAGCCUCGUGCAGCUGUGAGCCGCAGCUGUGACUCACUCGUGCUGCAGAACAAUUCAGUAUACAACGACACUGCAUGUGCUGCAUCACAAGUGUGCGAGCCUCGUGCAGCUGUGAGCCGCAGCUGUGACUCACUCGUGCUGCAGAACAAAACAGGAAGUCAGAGGCUGAAUGAUGACCCUCCCCCGUCUGCAGACUGCGCUCAGGCUUUAGUGGCUCCACUGUCCGCGAGACUUGCGGCAAACAACGAUAACAAAGUGCAGGCAACUGAAGAAGCAGGUGCGAUCCAGAAAAGCGAACAAAUCCUUGAAACUAACAUUGACGAACUGGACAAGCGAUCAUCUCAGAGCGGCACCAAACCGUACACAGAUAUAAAUAGAUUCACAAAUUGUGUAGUCCAGUUAUACGACAUAUUCAAGAAACCCAAACAAGCUGUACUAGAUGAGAAACCACGCGUGAGAAUCCACACUGCUGCCAAGCCUUACUCUUGUCAGAUAUUGAACUAUAAAUGUGCACCAACAAGUCAAAUAUUGAAACAUAAGAUGACCCACACUGGCGAAAAGCCAUUUUCAUGUGAGGUAUGCAAUUACAAAUGUUCACAAAAAUGUACUUUACUACGACAUAUAAAAACCCACACUGGUAAAAAGCCAUUUUCUUGUGAUAUAUGUAAUUACAAAUGUGCGCGAAAUGGUCAUUUAUUACUGCAUAUCAAAACCCACACUGGUGAAAAGCCGUUUUCUUGUGAGAUAUGCAAAUACAAAUGUGCACAAAAAAGUAAUUUAUUAAGGCAUAUUAAAACCCACACUGGUGAAAAGCCAUUUUCCUGUCAUAUAUGCAAUUUCAAAUGUGCGCACAAAAGUAAUUUAUUAAAUCAUAUUAAAACCCAUACUGGUGAAAAGCUAUUUACCUGUGAGAUAUGCAAUUACAAAUGUGCACUGAAAGGUAAUUUAUUAAAACAUAUUAAAACUCACACUGGUGAAAAGCCAUUUUCCUGUGAAAUAUGCCAUUACAAAUUUGCACUGAAAGGUUAUUUAUCAGACCAUAUUAAAACUCACACUGGUGAAAAGCCAUUUUCCUGUGAAAUAUGCAAUUAUAAAAGUGCACGAAAAAGUGAUUUAUUAAGACACAAGAUAACCCACACUGGUGCAAAGCCAUUUUCCUGUGACAUAUGCAAUUACAAAUGCGCCCGUAAAGAUAAUUUAUUACAGCAUAUUAAAAUCCACACGGGUGAAAAGCCAUUUGAAUGUGAUUGAUAUAUGUAAUUGUAAAUUAGCGCGAAAAAGUGAGUUAUUACUGCAUAUGAGAACCCAUAUGUGCAAUUGUAAGAAAUAACACUUAGUAGUUUCAUUAUCUCAUUAGCUAAGACACUUUAAAGGUAUAAAUAUAAAAAUUCAUUAAAUUAUCUUCAUUAGCAUUUAAGUUAUCAUAACGCAAACUAAGAUGACCGAUUCUACAAUGUUGAAAAAAAAUCCUUAAAAAAACAAGGAAAAUUUCAAAAAGUUAUUUACGAAGAAAUGGUAGGUGUUUAUCAAGAUUCUGCUUCUUCAUCCACUGUUCAGAAGUGGUCUAGUGAAUUCAAACGGGGUAGAGAGAGUAUUGAAGACGACCCCCGAAAGUGCGAAAAUGAAAAUGAAGAAAAUGUGACACCAAAAAGGGUUAAAGCAGAGUUUCCCAAACUUUUUUGUGUCUUAGAGCCCUUGCCAUGUUUUUCCGUGUUGGGUAGACCCCUACUUAUUUGAUAUUGAUUUUCUGUAUCCUACAACUUACACAAUUUUAUAAACAUAUAUAAUAGAUUUUUUACUUCAUAGUUACUUUUGAAAUAAUGUAUAUGUUUUGAUAUUAUAAGAUAAUAUGAUGUAAAAAAUAGGUACUAUCAGUGUAUAUGUGUUAUGAUCCACUAUCGUGGAAACCAUUUUCAUUUAAUGGACCUCCAAAUUUUUUUUCGCUGACAUAGACCCUUGCAGUUUGUCAUAGGCAGAAUACUCACUACAACCCAGCACAAACCUCCUCGUCUUAUAUGAAGCAGCAACGGAUCGAAUGGGAUAUAUAUAUUUUUUUUAUUCUUUUCAAGUUAGCCCUUGACUACAAUCUCACCUGAUGGUAAGUGAUGAUGCAGUCUAAGAUGGAAGCGGGCUAACUUGCUAGGAGGAGGAUGAAAAUCCACACCCCUUUCGGUUUCUACACGGCAUCAUACCGGAACGCUAAAUCGCUUGGCGAUACGUCUUUGUCGGUAGGGUGGAAACUGUUUCUAAUGUAAAACUAUUAUCUAUCUAUUAUUAUAAAGAUGUACUAACUACUAGUUGAUAUAAUCAGGAAAUAUAUGUUUUCAGAUA